AUGAUGAUGAUGUCUCUGAACAGCAAGCAGCACUUCAGCAUGGCUCAUAGUAGCCUGCAGGACGAGGCCAAGUAUUCUGCCCUACACUCCUCUUCCCCGCACUCGUCCUCCUCGGCCACCAGCUCUCCCAGCAUCAGCAGUGUCAGGAGCAGUACCGGGGGAGGAGGAGGUAGCGCCAACAGCAGCAGUAGCAGCAGCUCGGAGGCGAUGAGAAGAGCCUGUCUCCCAACCCCACCGAGCAAUAUAUUUGGAGGUCUGGAUGAGAGUUUGCUGGCCCGUGCUGAAGCGUUGGCUGCUGUGGAUAUAGUGUCUCAGUGCAAGAGCCAACACCACCACCACCACCACACUCCCCACCACAGCCCCUUCAAGCCGGACGCUACCUACCACACCAUGAACACCAUCCCUUGCACAUCUGCCUCUUCUUCCUCCUCAGUGCCCAUCUCCCACCCUUCUGGAGUGGGCAACUCUCACCACCACCACCACCACCACCACCAUCACCACCACCAGCCCCUGGAAGGAGAACUUCUAGACCACAUCACCCCAGGACUGACACUAGGGGCCAUUACAGGACCAGAUGGCUCGGUGGUGUCCACUCCAGCUCACCCACACAUGUCCAGCAUGAACCCCAUGCACCAGGCGCUCAGCAUGGCACAUGCCCACGGGCUACCCUCCCACAUGGGAUGCAUGAGCGACGUGGACGCUGAUCCCAGGGACUUGGAAGCCUUUGCUGAGAGGUUCAAGCAGAGGAGGAUCAAGCUUGGGGUGACCCAGGCAGAUGUAGGAUCUGCCCUUGCCAACCUGAAGAUCCCUGGGGUAGGUUCCCUCAGCCAGAGCACCAUCUGCCGCUUUGAGUCCCUCACCUUGUCCCACAACAACAUGAUCGCCCUCAAGCCCAUUUUGCAAGCAUGGCUGGAAGAAGCUGAGAAGUCUCAUCGGGAGAAGCUCACCAAGCCAGAGCUCUUCAACGGCGCCGAGAAGAAGCGCAAACGGACGUCCAUCGCCGCCCCCGAGAAGCGCUCCUUGGAAGCCUACUUCGCCAUCCAGCCUCGUCCUUCUUCCGAGAAGAUCGCCGCCAUCGCCGAGAAGCUGGACCUCAAAAAGAACGUGGUCCGGGUCUGGUUCUGCAACCAGAGGCAAAAACAGAAACGGAUGAAAUACUCAGCUGGAAUAUAG